GUGCAGGAAAGUCUGUUAUUUCGCAUCUAGUUCUUGGUAUAGGAUCUAUCUAACACGGCCGUCGUCUGUCAUUUCACAUCUAGUUCUAGAUAUGUGAUAUUUACCAUAGCUGUAUGUUGCCGUAUGUUUGUAGCAACUGGCAACUGGGCGCUGUUUGUAGUGGCUGAUAGCCGCAGUCAGGUAUUAUUGUUUUUGUUUUUUUUAUCUAGUGGCAAGAGUUAAACAUGAUAUUUACUCUCAGUCCGUUCCUCAUUGCGUCCUGAAGACCGCGCUGGCUGUGUUUUAUUUCCGCUUUACCUGGCAUAAUGCAAUAAUCAGAAUUUGGAUGUUUGUGAAUCGUUCUCGAAUCUUCCACGGCCGAAUCGCGAAUAAUCUAAGAAUCAGAAAUUUCGCUCGCGUCUAGUGGUGUGUGUAUACUUCCUUUGUUUACAUUUAUAGUCAAACGUAGUUAUAUUAUUGCAUGGCUGCAAAUCAUCUAUUACAGUACGUAUUAUCUUGUGUAUGAUGAAUAAUCUUUUGUAAUACGAAGCGAAAAAAGCUUUGAAAUACAACAAAAGGAAGGUUGCCUCUACCAAACAGAUUAUUUGUCAGAUCACAUUAUUAUGUGCAAAUAAAGACUGAUAUUAAGAAACGAGGCUGUUAGGGAUUGCGGAACCGGCUGGGGAUCCCAAUGCAGACAACAGUGAAACAAAGUGGGGAAAUGUCAAAUUUGGAACACUGAGUUUGCCAAGGCGAAAGGUGGAGCGGUCGCGGUGGGCACCAUAGAUGCCAACUUGUGUAGCCGGCGGUUCUCGGGUCGGGUUGACAGUUCACCAGGUAGAAGGAGGUAUCCGACGAGUGCCGUGCUGAUCAGGUCGAGAAACAACUGACAGAGAAACCAGACAUGUUGAUCGGGCGACGUGGCGGUGCGUUUGCUGGGUGUCAUGUUUUUGGUUUCCGACGUUCUUUGUGACAUGUUUGUGUUCUCAGCAGUUCUUUGUGACACAUUAAAGAGCACACUGUUUUUGUGACGCAUUUGGAGUGUAUUUAAUGACGCCUGUGUCUAUAAGCUGUGUCGGACGAUUGCCUUGCAUACCGCUGUGGGUGCCUUUAUAUUCAUGCUCUCCAACAUUUCCUCUGGUUCAUUGCUACUUUGAUUAUUUUGUUUUUUGGUGCUCUAUUUUCUAUUGGACUUUGGUAAAUUGGUGUACUGUUUGGCAUCCUUCCUUUAUUGUACUUUCUAUUAAAUACAAAAUUAUUAGCUAUUUCUGCUCUCUGAGUCUGUGAUUGACGAUCAUCACACUGGGCUUUUAAAGCUGGCUAAUGACAGUCACCCUGAGCUGCGGCCGCUCCACCCAUCUUACAUCCGACCCAUCAAGCCAACUCCAUCCGAGGUAGGUCUAAGGAAGAAGGGGCGGGGGCCCUGACAGACGCAAGUCACAAACACUGGAAAAACACAAUGCCAUAACAAUCUCGGUGAGGAAUAAACAAUUGGUCUUUCUGCCGAUUCUCAACAACGUAUGACAAUGAAUGGAUUGUGACAGCCUCAUGGCUCCACUUGGUACGGUCAUUUUUAACUGUCCAAAAAGCAGAAAAAUAAUCACUGAAAAACACAUUUGACAUCAAUUAAGGCAUACAAAACAACGUACUCUCGUUCGGUAGGGAUCUCCCAAAAUGAAAUGAACUUGCUGACGACUACUUAUCCAGACAUGUCUGGAGUGUGACAGCUUGACCUUCUCUACUCUGGUCUCUGGGCAACCCGAAGCGGCCGAAUCCUCUCAGUGUUAACAACCAAAGACGCCCUUUAUUUGCUCCGCUGAGCUGUUGUUUCUCCUAGGCGUGAAAUCAGAUGACCGGCGGACGCCGGGAUGAUUGGAUUUUCUUUGUACUUCAGUUGUGAUUCACUCCAGUGGUGUCGGCAACUCAAAUGAUGUCAGUCUUUUAUGGACUAAAAAGGUGGAAAAGACCACUGCAAGAGGGAAAAUGAAGGGCUACUGAACAGCUGUUUUGAUAUCAUUUUGUUUAACUCUAGGAUUAGCAGAUUUCUUACAAUAGAUGCAAAACUUUGUGCUUUAGCAUACUGUGUCUUUCAGACAAUGGGAUGCAAAUGAGAGCAGGGUGCUCUAGGUUUGUUGUCUGGAAGAUGAAGACUUGAAUGGACGAGCAAGGGAGUUAGAGUGAGGUUUUGGGUCGCCAGGUUAGAGUUUUCUGAGCAGCUGUUCAUACUGUUAACAGACACAUAUUUAGCCAUCUCAUUGUAUGUACCAUCAUGAAUAAUGUUUGUUACUGUUCUCUGAUGAGCUGCGAUUGACUGGCAACGCAUUCAGGGUGCUCCAGCAUCCCCGCAAUCCUCGUGAGGGUAAGUGGCAUGAAAGAGGAACUGAGAAAAUGAGCGAAAUGGAUGUACGGCACGCUUGGAGCGGACAACGCUAAGCAGCAGAGGAAGCCGACACGGAGAGGCGGAGAGGGAGACAUUUAACGCUGUAAUUAAGUUCCUGAUAGCACCCUCGCUGCCCUGGCACGGCUCCAGGAGAGCUCGGCGUUGCACCAGAGGUCUUGAACAAUAGCACAAACGCACAGUGGAAAGAGCAAACAGAAAUCAAACACUCCCUGAAUGUGUGUCAGUGAAUGAAGCAUCUUUAGAGUAGAGUUGACAAUCGCUCGUAUUUACGCUUCCUGUGGGUGGAAGCCUGUCAUGUGCGCUGUCGUGAUGUCAAUAAACGGAUUCUUGUAGGUUUCCCGGACGUGCCUGUUUUUGUUAUUUACGGUUUGAAAGGAUUCUGAUUCCAAUGCGAUGACAUACAGUGACACUCUGUUAUUGUAGCCCAACGUUCCGGCAGGGAAACGCUAAAGAGUGCUUUUUUAUUAUAGGAUGACGUCGAACAGUGUCGUGGUAAUGUUGUGGUGUUACCAAGUGGCAUUGCAUCGUGACAAUACAUUGUCACACUUAAUUGUAGCGUUGCACAGAAAUACAAAGUGCAUCAUUCGUCCAUGUCGGUGCGUCGCAUUGCUCCUGGUUGCUUUGGUGCUGUGGCAUAUUUCUACAGAAAUCAAAUUAAAAAAGCUACUUUGUUUACCGCCACAAAAGUUGUUGACCGUUCCGAAUACCACGGGUUACUGAUUAUUCGGUAGCCUACCCGUGCGGUUUGGAUUCAAACGAGGAUGUUCAAUUUGAUGUCGUUUACAACUUUGGAUGGCUCACCUGGUUAAAAUGAGGUGAAAUGGUUACGCGGUGAAAAAAUAUUGUCAUCAGUAAUCGGUUGAGCUCAGUCUGCAGGUAGAGAUAGGGAGAGAGAGAGAAAGACUGACGGGAGUCGGGGAGAGAGAGAGAGAGAGAGAGGCGGUCCGGGCUGUUCCGCUCUUCCGCCUCAUUCAUUCCUCGCCGGCCGCCGUCAAGCCGAGACGAGCAGCGAGCGACAGCGGGAGGGAUUUUAACCGGAUACGCUGUGGAAUUCUCGGGCACUGGACAGCCGUAGGAGUAGCCGGGGGUAGCCUCGGAUACGGCGGGAACACCUGUGCUCCCCGUGGAAGAGGUGAAGUACAAACUGCUGCCAUGCUCAUCGGUACGUCGGGGCAGAGCGGGCCACUGGUGACCCCGCUACCGGUGACGGGCCGGCCGCUGCAGCCUCAGCUGGACCUCAAGCACCUGCUGCCGUUCAGACUCAACGGUUCCUCGCCGCUCAGCCUCUUCCCCAACUUCAAUACGAUGGACCCUGUUCAGAAGGCGGUGAUCAAUCACACCUUUGGCGUCCCUCAGCCCCUCAAGAAGAAACAGAUCAUCUCGUGCAACAUUUGCCACCUGCGCUUUAAUUCUACGAAUCAGGCAGAGGCGCACUACAAGGGCCACAAGCACGCACGCAAGCUCAAAGCCGCCGAGGCGCAGAAGAACAGGCAGCGGCGGUCCGGCGAGGCUCCGUCCGGCGGAAGGGAGCGAGACGGGACCAAGACGUCGGAGCUCGCUCUCGUGGACUCCGGCUCUGAGGAUGGAACGUGUCUACGGUCGGACCCGGAAGCGUCUUUCCCGGACGUCGAAAUUGAGGAGGAGAGUCCCGGUAGCUCGGCCGCUCUGACGCCGGUCCCGGGAGAGGCGAUCGUAGAGCCGGCGGCGGCCUCGCCUACGUCGUCGCAGUUCGCCGACCCGAUUUCCAACGCCGAUGCAACGGACGCCCCCGAAAGCGCGGAGGCUGGCGGGGCCGACGCGUGCGACGCCGACGGCGAGGCGCGGACCGACGAAGAAGGCAAAAAGAGCAAAGCGCACCUCCACUGUCCUGUGUGCAAAGUGACGGUGAACUCCGCCUCCCAGCUGGAAGCCCACAACAGCGGUACCAAGCACAAGCUGAUGCUGGAGGGUCAAAGCGUGCUGCCCCGUCGCCGCGGCAAGAUGGCGGCCAUUCGCGCCGGCUGUAAGAGCAAGCGCUUGGCAAGCAAAAGCAGCCUGGGCGUAUCCGCCAAGAGUUUCCAAUGCGAAGUGUGUGAGAUCUCGCUCAACUCAGAGACGCAACUCAGCCAGCACAUGAACAGCAGACGGCACAAGGAUCGAAUGGCCGGAAAACCUCCUAAGCCUAAAUUUAGCCCGCAUAGCAAGAGCCAGCAGCCCAGCUUAGCGAAUAUGCGAUGGAGCGGCUGCGCAGGCGCGGCCGUGUCGGCCAUGAAGAAAGCUUUGGGCCAGUACAGCCUCACCUCACUCUCGUCGCAGACCAAACUGGCCUUGCAGAAGCAGCUGAGCAAGAGCUUGAGCGCAGGCUUCCUGCCCGGCCCCUUAACGCCGCCCACCCUGUGCACGGUGGCCACCAACCCGCUGGCGCUGCGCCACCCCCUGGGCGCCGCCUCCGCCGCCUUCAUACAGACGCCCUUCUUGGGUCCGGCGCUUUUCCGGCCCGCGCCGGGGCCUCUGCGAGCCGCGCACGCGCCCAUCAUCUUCUCGCCCUACUAAUGCCCCCCUGAUGCCCCCCGCCCUUCCGUGUGACCAAACUAUGCAGUCGGCCUGACCUAAGAAAAAAAGUGGCGAACCCCAGCUCCCUUCCUGUUCCCGUGGUGACCAACGAGGGGGACGGAGGCCGCAUUUAUAGCCAUUACAUGGGGUAGGGGGGCAUUACGGCUGUUAAAUGUGUCGUUUAGUAGACCAGUCUAGCUGUGCGUUUGAGAUAAACUCCCUUUACUUCAGCGCUUUUCAAAGUGUGAGCCAGAUUCAGAUUCAUGACUAGAAAGACAAAAAUAUCAGUGGAAAAAUGUUACCUUCAGCAGAACUUUUUUGAAACAUAUACGCGGGGCAAAAUACAAAGUGAGGCCGCUUAUGUAGAAUUUAAAGCAAAAACAAACGUGCUCAUCUCAUUUGAGCUACUGAAAAAAUAUGAGGCAAUGUACAGUGUUUCUACAAAAGGCAUCAAUUGAUUUUCUAAUAUGCAACAUUUACACUUUAGCUGCCAAAGUAUUGAAUACGAAGAGAGAGAAAAACCUGAGCACUUAAAGCAACACUAGGUAACUUUUCAACCUUUAUAAAAUAUUUUCAUAAUAUUUGUGAUAAUAGGUCGACUAAAAUUCAGUUGAAUGACACCUCUUUUAUAUCUUGAGGGGAUCUGUAUCACUUUUAGGGCUGCAGCUAUCGAUUACUUUAGUAGCCGAUUAUCAACUAGUUAGUUCGUAUAAUUGAGUAAUUGGAGUAAUUGGAACAUUUAAGCCAUUGCAAAAUCAGUUUUAGAAGAAAACAAAAUGAUUAUGCAGAAUUGCACUUUCAUUUAAAAAUAAAUAAAAAUACCUGAGCUUCACCUGAAACCGUAAUUAAAAUAAAUAAAUAAAUGAGAAUCUAGGUACAACCAAAGAAGAAUUGGCCAACUGCCAUAGAAAUAGUCAGCUAGCUUAAAUGCUAUAAAAUGUUAUUUAAAAAAAAAUUUUUUUUCAAUGCAAUGUUCUAAACAAGUCGUUCAAACACGUAUCCCCCUAAAAAAAGGCUAAAUAUACCUAUGAACCAAAUUACAAAUGCAUAAAAAAACAUUAGCUCAAACAAAAACUUAGCUUAUGUUGGUCUUAACAGGAAGCAGGUGGAUUUAGCCAUGUUCAAUGAGUUAUGUCUUAUUCACUGUUGCCACUAGAGGGCAGUGUAUCCACCCAAAUCAAUCAAACUGAAUGCAAACACUUUCAAAACAAACCAUUACAACGCCACUCUAAUUAAACGAAUACUUGAAGCGGCAAAAUUUGAUUCGUAUCUUUUUCUAAUCGAAUUACUGGAGUUAAUCGAUUAAUCGUUGCAGCACAAAUCACUUUCACCGACACUAACUUUGAGGAGGGUGGCAUGAACCAUGCCACAAAAAAACUUGAAAUAUGCUGACUACUUUACAGUAUAUGUCACUUUCCCCAUUCAUUAUAAAGACGGAGGUCGAUGCGAACGCUUUUGCGCAAAUUCUGAGAAAAUGGCAGAGAAACAAAAGAGACAACAACCUUCGUCUGUGGAGGGGGAAAAAAGAGGCUUACCAGGAUAUACAGAAUAAACAUUGGUUUGGCUUUCACUCGCUGGCGUAACAACUAACCGUCAUAUGCUAUUGUUUAGCCACAACUGGAUUCAUUACCUAAUUACUAUUCAUCCUUCACACAGCUGCUGGAAACGGAAAUGUUGUUUAAUCCAUCUGCAGGUGACCGGGAGAUUUGAUUUUUGAUUGAUUGAUGAUUUUACGACACUGCGCGGGUGUGCGCCGGUCCUCAUGGGAAACGCAGUCUUCCUUAAGGCGAAACACUACCACCGGCGUUGCUAAAAUCGACCAAAAGUGAAGAGUUACCAAGUGUUGCAUUCAGCAGUAGUAGAAAAAAAUACGCAGAAUGGUCAAGUUUCGGUAACUAUUGACAGCAAAGGACGUCCAGGUAGUCCGUCUAUUGCUGUCAAUGGCAGCUAAAGAGUUAACAUUGUCUUAAACUAACUUAAGACUUCAAAAGAAGGCAAAAUAAAAUCAAAAUGUUUCUUGAACUAGACAAAAAAACUCACUUAGUCAAGAUCUCUUUUUUAAAGAUUAUUAUGACAGUUAUUUCAAUCCCGACAAAAUGUAUUCAAAAAAGACAAGAUAUGCAUCAUAGAGCCUCUAAAGAAGGCUUUAUAAUGACAUAAGACAAGUGUCAGUCUGUGUAGACAAGUGCCAAAACUGUACGUACCAUAAAUAAAGCCAAAAAAACAAAAGCAGGGUGGCAUACAGUAUGAGAGACUCUCUCUCAACUUUUAGUUGAAAACCAUAGCAGGGAGAAGCAGAAGGCCAGUUCAAGUGGACUGAGCCCACACUUUGAAAAGCACGGGUCCACAUGGCUGUCCCCCGGUGUCCAUUUGGCAAGACCCGUACCGCCGGAACACUUCACACGUUGACAAACGGACCGCCGACGAAGAGGAGGAGAAGGAGGAGGGCUUGAUUGACAGCUGCUGCACGGCGUGUGGGAGGGAACAAAAGCACAGUGUAACUAUGGCAACCCCCCCAAAAAGCACCUUAAAACUGCUUCGUGCAAGCAAGAAACAAAUCAGGUGAGCACAAGGUUGAUAUUUCUAAGCAAUAGCGACUAGUCUCCUUGCGCCGUGCACUUUUGUCCGUCACUCCUCCUCUCGUUGACAUACCUGAAUAUGCAUUUUUCUUCAUUGUGCAAUAUGUAUAGUCGUGUGUGUGCGUGUGUGCGUGUAUGUUUGUGUCAUCUGUCAUGACAAAGCCAGUCCAAUCCCCACCGCCGCCUCUCCAUAACUAAAGCAGCCGGCCUCACGCUGUCUCGUGGAGGUCCGUGUAGAAACAAACCCCAUAGAGGACGUAUAGAGCUUUUAUCAGAGUUGAUAUUGUUAUGUGUACCAUAGAGGAUGACUAGAUCAUGUUAUUGUUUAGUAAUGACCUUCUUUUUUUUUCUAAGUAACUUUAGGCCAUUUUUUUAAAGGGGGAAAGUGGGUGGGAAAAGAUCCAAAAGUGUCCCAGGCCUUCUCAGGGGUGACCGGGUUGCGACAAAUCCAUCCAUCCGCGUUCAGGGUAAAGAGAGCUUGUACCCGAUGGAUUUUUUUGGCAAAUAAAAAAGCUUUUAGAACUUCUUAAAUGCUCCUUGUGGAUUUUUGUGUAUGUUUGUAUUUUGUGGACCACACAAUAACUUUAGCAUAUUCGCACUUUUACAACUCUUAAACCAAUAAACCGGAUCGACAACAUCCCUACUGCAUAAAUAAAUUGAUAAAGAAACUAAUAGACUGCCCGUGAUGGUAAUAGAUAUGGCGGAAAACACUCAGGUGACUUGAAGUUCCGCUCUGAGAUUUGGCCAACUUUCAAAACUGUCUGAUAUGCAUGUGUGAUACAUCAUUGGGAAGCUUAAAAUCUCAAUUUUCUGGGGGAAGAAAAUUUGGAACAGGAGGGCAUUAAAAAAAAAAAAAAAAAAAAAGUUUAUUAAACAGCGAAAUCCUAUCUGGAGGCAAGAGCACACAAGAGCAGAAUUAAAGACGCCAUGAUUAUGACGAGACAUUACCGCGUACUUACCUCUUUUCAAUCCAAAAACUCCAUGUAGCAUGUAUCACCGAGUGUCAAGACACAGCUGUGAAUGGCCACAGCCAAAAUUUUUCUUGGAUUUUAUGGGUGAAAAAUGGUGAUAUAACAAGGGUCAUGAUGCAGAAAUUGCAGACAACAAGGAUGUCAUUCAUAGAUUUACCCUUUUAAACUUUUUUUUCAAUUUUUCUUUGUUUGGAUUAUUUAUCAUCCAACAUAUCAGGGGAAAUGCGACAGUAACAAAAAAAUACAUUUAAGCGAUAGUUAUGAGGUACAUAUCCGUGACUUUUACAGACGCCAAAUUUUUCAUGUGACGUCAUUUGUUUAAAAAUGUAAAAUAUGCGCGUGAAUAAUUUUUUAAAGUCUUUUUAAAAAAAAUGUUAAACUAAAUAUUAGACCUCAGUUAAUGAUUCUAAGCUAAAAAUGACAGACAUUUUUUGAAUAAUAAAUACGAUUACUUACCUUCUUUUUAUGGCUAGGUUGAAACAAAAGCGGUUGCGCGACGUCUGUAAACGGGGGUUUUCAGGGUAAAACGGACAAAUUAAAAAUGGUUCAGGGGCUUAAUGUGCCAUGAAUCUGCAAUGGCAGCAUAUAGACAUAUUGUUCUAUGAAUGAAUGCUUUAUUUGGACAUUAGAAAAAAAUAAUAAAAAUAAUAGACAAACAAAACAAACGAAAAACAAAAUGAAUUUUUUUCUUAAAAAAAAAAAAAAAUCAGAACCAAUGAUAUUCUCGAGAUAACAGAAACAAUAGUUAAGACAAUAAUAAUAAUGAUAAUAAUAAACAAGAUCAGAAUUUAUUCAUUGUGUCCAAAAAGGAGUAGGAUGAAGCAUUUGCUUAUUAUUCUAUUAAACACAACAGAUUUUUUGGCUUAAAAUACUGAUGUUUAUUUUAAAGAGGAGUGCAAGAGUAGAAACUGUUUUUUCAGUCUUGUCUGUGUUUUUUGCCAUGUGGAUUCCAUGGCUUUGAAUGAGUUAAAUGGGGUGAUGCCAGACACAUCACAGCCCCCCCCCCCCCCCCCCCCACACACACACAUACAAAUUUUGUCCCAAAAUAUUGAUUUCAUCAAGCUGAGGUUUGCAUUCAGGGAUACAGACAGAUGAUGGGGUUCUUACAUAACAGCUGAACCAAUGUCCUCAAAUAUUCAACCUGAUUAUCAAGUAUGGUGUGGCCUUCGAGGACUGUCUGAAAUAAUAUUCAAUGUUACGGUCGAGAUCUGAAGGCAACGUAACGGAUUGAAAAAAAAAGAAAUAUGAAACAAUCGUUCUGUGAGGACCACAAAGAUUUCAGACGCUCUAUGAAGGCAGCACCUAAUGCGGUUGCUAUUAUUUGGAUUGUCACAGUCGGUAUAAAGUGUGUUUGUGUGGGUGAAUUCUCCAGCAAACACCAAGGAGGACAUCUUGAUGCCCUUACCAAGGGUCUACAGAUCAAUCACGUUAUCUCGUUCCUUAUCUUCAGCGCUUCUAAUCAUCAGGCUGCCUUUGCCUUUCACGUAUACAACGUUCUCCAUCUGUUGUGGCCCUGAUACAACCUAUUUUCUUAUCCAACUGACUUUGGCCCAGAACAAAAAAAAAAAAAUUAAUAGGAUUUUGCCUCUAUUGAAUGACUGUACAGUGGACUCCCUGCACAAAAAAACAGCACGUUGGCAAAUACGGAGCAAUUCUUCCAAGAAUUUGCUUCAAGAUGUUAAAUGCCUCCUAGUUCAAGCCUAAUGUCACACAAAACAUCAAAUCGAGGCAAUUACACAGGUUUCAAACAACAAAAUAUAGUAAGCGUGCCCCUGUUACUGAAGGAAUUCGGCCUCCCAGCCAAGCCUCCGGAACAGCGACAACCGAACCAGAAGGAAUUCCGCUGGCGCAACUCCAGCAAGUCGGCCGGGAAGGCCAAACUCAGCGCGUUAACCCUUUGUACUGACCGCAUUUUGAACGGUUUAAAGAAAGCUCACCGGGAACAAGUUGACAAUUUAUUCGUCAACAGUAAUCAAAAAGCAAGGCAAAAACAGACGACGGAGAGGCAAUACUGGAUCUAGGGUCAGCAAAACAACAGAUACAUCGAAAUGUCCCCGAGAAGUGACAGUUGUUCGCUAAAUGUUCAGUCUUUUGAAAGCUGCGGUGGAGUGGGCCGGGCGGAAGGCGUGCUUGGGUGUUGUCUUGGGAUAAUCCUUCUGUGUCAGGUUUGGGCGGUGAAGUUCAUGAGUCAUCUCUCGUGGCUGGGUCGUAGUCGCCACGGCAACUGAGGCAUGUCUUGACAUCCAAGGCGCCGCGCUAUCAACUUGUUGCCCCGGCAGGGCGAGGGCGCUCCGACCCCACCGAAGAGAUGCUGACGUCCUUUCCUUCGCUUAUCAGGCAAGGGCUGAUAAGCCGAUCAACUUUACUGUGUCAAAUGGCAUGGAGUAACGUCUCCGUAAUGCUUUUCUACAAUGAAUGUGUUAGACUAAUGUAAAGUUAUACGGUGUCCGCGAGAAAGGUAACUAUCCGCUUCACUUAAUGCUAACAUGUGAAAAAUGCCAUUGACCGACAAUUGAUUGGUCCUCAUUGUUGCGAUGUUGUAACUUAAGCAAAUGAUAUCAGAAGACAAACGAUAAGCAACACAUUUAGGUAGACAGUAUGACAAUACUCAUAAACAUAUAUUCUUUAUCCUCUGUGAAGAAAUGAUUAUUGUUACAGCGGAAUAAUUCAAGUUGAAUUUCACAGCAUCACUAGGAGCAGCCAUUUGAAAGUCAAAUGACAAAAAGAUUUUAGUCGCUUCAGUUUAAAUGUGUAAUGUCCUUCAUUUGAAAAUGACAGAAAUGGGACAUCUGAGAAGGAAUCACCCUCUGGGGGGCACAGUGUGUA